GUCCCUCGAGCUGGGUGGCAGUAAAAUUAAUCAUAUAUUUGGAGUUCUGACAUUCAUUUUGAAAUAUUAGUGACAGACAUGUUAGCCUGAGUGAGUCCCAUGGGGUAUUGAACUCUGAAUGUUCUUUUAAAUAUUCAGAUGUAUGUGUCCCAUUUUCCAGUUGUUUCACUUUCUAAUGCUAAGAAUUAAACUCUUAUCCCUUCAUCUCUCUCAUUAUCACUGCUUAAUGUUUAGACGGUGUGAAUGUGAGGAUGGUUGGUGGUCACAGUCGCUGUGCUGGUAGAGUGGAGGUUCUUCAUAGAGGUCAGUGGGGAACAGUGUGUGGUGAUGACUGGGAUUUGGUUGAUGCUGCAGUGGUGUGUAGAGAGCUAGACUGUGGAGAACCUGUAGAUGCUCUGGGUGGUGCUUAUUUUGGAUCAGGAUCAGGACCAGUCUGGAUGAGUUUUGUCAUGUGUACUGGAUCAGAAUCUACAUUGAAAAACUGUGGGUCAGGAGCAUGGGGUAAAAGCCGCUGUGAUCAUAAUAAAGAUGCUGGAGUCAUCUGCUCAGGAGUCAGGCUGGUUGGAGGUUCUCGCUGUUCUGGGAGAUUAGAGAUACUUGAUGAUCAGUCAUGGGUUUCAGUGUGUGCUGCUGCCUUUGACCAGCAGGAUGCAGAGGUUGUGUGUAGAGAGCUGGACUGUGGGGCUCCUGUACAGGUGCUGGGAGAAAAUGCUUUUGGAAAAGGAGACGCUCAGAUGUGGACACAAGAGAUUCAGUGCAGAGGAAAUGAGUCUCAGAUUCACCUCUGUCCAACAUCACAUGAAAACAACUGUUCACAUGAACACAGCAUUGGUUUGCUAUGUACUGACAUAAUAAAUGUGAGGUUGGUUGGUGGUCACAGUCGCUGUGCUGGUAGAGUGGAGGUUCAUCAUAGAGGUCAGUGGGGAACAGUGUGUGGUGCUGGUUGGGAUUUGGCUGAUGCUGCAGUGGUGUGUAGAGAGCUGGACUGUGGAGAACCUGUAGAUGCUCAGUUUGGACUUGGAUCAAAACCAUUUUGGAUGAAUAAUGCAAUGUGUACUGGUUCAGAGUCUACACUUAAGAAAUGUGGAUUCAUGCAAUCAACUGAUCCUGAUGUGUGUCUUGAUAAAACUGCUCAAGUCAUUUGUUCAGAAGUCAGGCUGGUUGGAGGUUCUCGCUGCUCUGGGAGGUUAGAGAUACUUGAUAAUCAGACGUGGGUUUCAGUGUGUGCUGCUGCCUUUGACCAGCAGGAUGCAGAGGUUGUGUGUAGAGAGCUGGACUGUGGGGCUCCUGUACAGGUGCUGGGAGAAGAUGCUUUUGGAAAAGGAGAUGCUCAGAUGUGGACACAAGAGAUUCAGUGCAGAGGAAACGAGUCUCAGAUUCACCUCUGUCCAACAUCACCAUCUCAUAAAAACACCAGUUCAUAUGAAAAUGGUGCUGGCUUGGUGUGUGCAGGUUUGAGCAUUUUUUAAAUAAACUGAAAUCAAAUGUUAAUGCUCCCAAAAACUACACUAAAUAUUCAUUAAUUUUAUUAUCUUUGUGUGAUACUUUCCCCCUCAUUCUUUCCUUUUGUUCAUAUGUCUUUAAUCCCUUUUUAUUCAUUAUAGACAACAUGAGAGUAAGGCUGGUUGGUGGUCACAGUCGCUGUGCUGGUAGAGUGGAGGUUCUUCAUAGAGGUCAGUGGGGAACAGUGUGUGAUUUUGGCUGGGAUUUGGCUGAUGCUGCAGUGGUGUGUAGAGAGCUGGACUGUGGAGAACCUGUAGAUGCUCUGGGAGGUGCUCACUUUGGACAAGGAUCGGGAUCAAUCUGGACAAAUCGCAGUUUAUGUACUGGAACAGAAUCUACACUGAAGAACUGUGGAUCAGUAAAUUGGGGUGUUUAU